CACAUGACGGCGGCUGAGGGGGACGCGAGCGCGAGCGGGGAAUGUGGAGGCCACAAUGUAGCGAGUGGGAACAGGGCUGAGCUGGGAUUGUAUCAAUUGAUGAGUGAGAGCGCGGACCCCUGGCCCCUGACACCCACCCUCACCCCCACCCGUGCCGGCCCGCAGCCGCCUCGCCUCGGCCGGAAAACCGAACCGCGGGCGGAGGCGGCGGCGGCGGAGGAGCGCCUGGCACCCCUGGUAAAAUGUGACAGGAUGACACAGGAGAAGAAGAAAAAGGCGAGCCGCACCGUCAUGCUGGCCAAAAAUAUUAUCAUGAGGGACCCGAGUACACAGCAUGGAAUUGGGAGGCCCAGUGUUUAUCAUGCAGUAGUUGUCAUCUUUUUAGAAUUCUUUGCCUGGGGACUGUUAACCACUCCAAUGCUAACCGUCCUGCAUGAAACCUUUCCCAAGCAUACAUUUUUGAUGAAUGGCCUUAUUCAGGGUGUAAAGGGUUUUUUAUCAUUUAUGAGCGCUCCGCUAAUAGGUGCUUUGUCUGACGUGUGGGGGAGGAGAUCAUUUCUCUUGCUGACAGUGUUCUUCACUUGUGUCCCAAUUCCUUUAAUGAGGAUAAGUCCAUGGUGGUAUUUUGCUGUUAUUUCAGUGUCUGGAGUUUUUGCAGUGACUUUUUCAGUAAUAUUUGCAUAUGUAGCUGAUAUUACUCAAGAACACGAGAGGAUUACAGCAUAUGGGCUGGUAUCAGCAACUUUUGCAGCAAGCUUGGUAACCAGUCCUGCCAUUGGUGCUUAUCUUUCAAGUAAAUAUGGUGAUAACCUUGUGGUGCUCGUAGCCACUGUGAUUGCUGCAUUGGACAUCUGCUUUAUUUUAGUAGCUGUGCCCGAAUCUUUACCUGAGAAAGUUCGACCAGCUUCACGAGGAUCACCUUUCUCAUGGGAGCAAGCGGACCCUUUUUCUUCCUUGAAGAAGGUUGGGAAGGACACCACUGUGCUGCUCAUCUGUAUAACUGUAUUUCUUUCGUACCUGCCUGAGGCUGGACAGUACUCUAGCUUUUUCCUUUAUCUUAAACAGGUUAUCGAUUUUUCUGCUGGAAAUCUGGCAGCCUUUAUAGCUGUGGUGGGAAUCCUCUCUAUAAUAGCACAGACUGUAUUUCUUAGUAUCCUAAUGAGGUCCAUAGGUAAUAAGAACACUGUUCUCCUAGGCCUUGGAUUUCAGAUGCUGCAGCUAGCUUGGUAUGGCUUUGGAUCCCAGCCCUGGAUGAUGUGGGCAGCAGGAGCUGUGGCAGCAAUGUCCAGCAUUACCUUUCCAGCAGUCAGUGCUCUGGUUUCGAGAAAUGCAGAUUCUGAUCAACAGGGUGUUGUGCAAGGAAUGAUCACAGGAAUCAGAGGGUUGUGCAAUGGCCUUGGACCUGCUCUAUAUGGUUUUAUUUUCUACAUGUUUCAUGUGGAGCUGGAUGCAAUCCCUGACAAGAAGGUCAAUGUACAAAAUCCCAAAAUGGAGGAUUCCAUUAUCCCUGGACCACCUUUCUUGUUUGGAGCCAUUACAGUCCUGGUAGCUUUUAUGGUUGCCUUAUUUAUUCCUGAGCAUGGCACCCCUGGUAAAGCCAGUAAUGUAAGGAAGCACAGCAGCAAUCUCAGCAACAAUCCCACCACUCCACCCAUUAGCAGUGACGAGGACAAUGAGCCACUGCUGCAGGACAGCAGUGUGUGAGGAUAUUAGCUUUGAAGAAAAAUUGCAGAUGUAAACAAAGAACAAUGUGUUGACUCCACUGGAUCUACUGGACAUUGAAAGACCAAAUGGCCUAUGAAAUUUGGAAACCAUUUUGAAGAAGGGCUAGUUUGAGAUCCAUGGAAGUGGAUGUAGCCAUGUGGUUUAGGUUGCUUCAUUUUUAAUGCAAGCUACUUGAAUCCAAUAUUCAGCACUGCCAGUUCAAGUACUAUCCAAAGUGUCAUCCUGAUGAAAGAAGUUCUACUUGAUGCUGAUCUUCAGCACUCAGAUAAUUUUGGAGAAGGGACACAUUCAGAGCCACAUCUCAGGGUUGUAACUUGUACACCAGUUGAAAGGGGAAGGAACAUCAUUUUGUGAAAAUUGAUCUGAUCUAUUUACUACCCCUGUAAUAAUGAAUUCUUUACCAGUUGGAUUUCAGUUUAUGUUCCCUUUGGCUGCGAUAGUUUAUAUUAUUACCCCAAAAAAAUGAAAAAGCAUUGAAUCAACUAAGUCUGUAUAUUUUUCAGUGUGCACAUUUGUUUCUGUUGAAUCCCUGAAACUCCACAGAAUGCUGAGGGUGGAGCGGGGGGAGGGGAGGUAAAGAGAAGGGACCUAAAUGAUUUGCAUAGAAAUGUGUACAUAGAUUUUUGAAGAUGGCUAUGCAAAUCAAGAAGAACAAGUACUUCACUUUGCAAAGUAUUAAGGAAGGCAAUCUGUGAAAUUACAACCCGAACUUCCUUCGGCCUUCUUACAAAUUUGAACAAAGUACGUCGUGGAAAUAUUAAAUUCUUUACUUUGGCAACUGUCUGUAAAUGAAUAAAACAGAAGUUAUUCAGUACUUAAAGUUGUAAUAACUAAGCUGUAGAUUCUUAUGUCAACACCCCAGACAAUUGAACUGCUAAGAGUAAAAUAAUCACUCGUUUUUGCUCAUUAAGAGAGAAUUUCAAGUAUCUCCUGCAUACGUCAUAUCUUUUUUUCAUUUUGUGGGAAGGCUGUGGUUGAAGUAUCUGUUAGAGAAGAUUAUUUUUCUGAUAACUUUCAGGUAAGGAUAAAACUUAACCUGUGAAAGUAACUGCAGUUUUCUAAAGAACAAUAUGUAUGGAUUAUCUAAUACUAUUUUUGAAUGAAUUUUAUAUUUAAUGUUUCAAGCAAAUAUUGUGGGGGAUUUAGAGAAACCCUUUUGUACUUCAGUGAAAAGCUAUUUUUUGUUGUAAAGUCAAAAAGGUUUCACUAAAACUGCAGGAAGUUGUCCAGUUCGGCAGAUUAACCACGCCCCUGUUCUUUCCUUGCACUUGGCCUCAGCUGCUAACCGUGCAUAGCCUCAAACAAGUAAUCUGCUACCUCAGCUUUAGCCUAUAUGCAAGCAGCUUUGUAGGCUUGCUACCAUUAAUUCUGAUCUCUUCUCUGCUACUGUGUGCAUUAGAGCAUAAGCUAACUGGAUUGAGUUCACUUUUGAACCAGUGGGAUGCUGUUUUUGUGCAGUUCUUUUGGCACUUAAGAAAAUCUCUUUCUUGAUAUCCUGUUUUACCAGAGGUUCUUUCUGUUUGGAAGAAGCACAAUCCCAUGAAAGAUAUUUGACCCCAGUGUACUUGGGUAAGCUGACUGAUUAAACAGUUCCAUUAAAUAUUAUUUCAUAAUUCCAGAAAGAGAGCCUAAUUUGGUAGAAAUUAAUAUUAGAUAUGAUUAUGGAAAUGUUUAACUUGUGCUCUUCAUUCAGAUGUUUUUUGCAAACUUUGGAAAAUUAUUUGCCUGCAAUUGAGUGAUUUUUUUAAAUGGUCUGACAUAGUUGGUGAAAACCUAAUUUUCCUAGACCUCCCCAAAAAAUGUUUUUAUGAAUCAAUUUUUCAAAACCAUCUGCAUUUAAUUUUCAUAUGAAACUGCUACAAAAACUGGAUGUGCCCUUGCCAAUCCUUUUCCCCCCUUGAUACUGAAGUUAUUUUGUCAUCAAAUACUAAGUUUAAAAAAUGCACUGAACAAGGUCAUUUGACGGUACGUUAUGCCUUAAAGUAAGGUGAUCAUUUACUUAGUAAUAGUUUUUCUGUUAAAUUCUGUAACUCCUAUAUCAGGUUGGGAACAAUAUCAAGUUUCUACUGGGAUAAAUAAUGUUGAGAAAAAAGUGGCAAAAGCAAAAUUUCAGACCCUUUCCCAGAAUUUUGCUUAACAAUCUCAGGAUUGUGCUGAGAGAAGUGUGAUUUUCUAAAAUUGAGUAUUAAUAAAACUGCCCUUCUGAUCAGUGCUACAGGGUGUAGUUCGCUACUGGUAGAUUCACCAGUUAGAUCAUUAUUGGUGCAACUUUAAUAGUGGUCCUUUAUGCAACAAAAACGUGAAGCACCUGUCUCAAUUGAUUUUCUCAUCCUAAACGUCUGAUUUCAGAGAAAAUAACUGGUUUCUUCAUUACCUUUAGCACAUAUGAAAAAUAGAGUUUGAAUUAAAUUUCUAAUUAAGAAUUUCUAACUCUCGUUCAAAUUCAUUUAAAAUGUGGCCCAUCUGAUUACUUUGUGGAGUUUGAUAAUGACCUGUAUGCACACAGAUUGUGCUCAAGUGCAACGUGUUGUGUAUUGUGAAGAGAAUUCCUAAAAAGAAAAUCAUUUUCGGUUUUAAAAAAAUGUUAUAAAAUAUAUUUUCUGAACGAAAAGUUCAGAAAAGCAGAGAUUUUCAGGCAUCUUGGCACUGGCAUUGUUUGUAUCCUGUUAGUUAUAUUACCACUUUCUUCAAAUGUGCCUCAUCUGGAACUGUAUAAAAUGUACAUUAAAAAAACUUCAAAGUAAUUUAUUAAAAUAAGUAAACCCAA